AUGAUGCUGAAACCGACAAUUGGAUUAUUUAUAUUAAUUUUAUGUGAAUAUGUACUCGCUUUGAACAAUUUCAUCGACAAUUUUGAAACGUUGAAUUAUCGCGCGUCACAUGUUGCCAAUCAGGUAGCUGCUCGUCGCAAAAGGUCGAUUGGAACUGUGGAAUCAAUCUACGCCGAGCCUGUGAACAUCCGAUUCAACGCCUACAAUCGCACGUUCCAUGUGCAACUUCAUCCAAUCGACGAAGCCACUGGACCGUUUCAUGAGAAUUUUUUUGCUGAUGAGAAUGGCGAGACUGUUAAUAUGAAGCCGAGCCAUUUUCUUUACGAGGGUUACUUAAAAGAUGAUCCGAGGUCCUAUGUGUAUGGAAGUGUGUUCGAUGGCGUAUUCGAAGGCCAUAUUCAGACUGGCGAUGGCUAUCGAUAUUCUGUUGAUAAAGCGGCAAAGUAUUUCGACGCCUCCGAACGACCCAAUCAUUAUCAUUCGGUGAUUUAUCGUGACGAUGAGAUUAAUCAUCGAAAGUGGAGAGUGAAACGAGAUGCUGAACAAUUUGCGGAUCAAGGUUGCGGUUUGAGCGAGCGAGUCAAACGCGAAAUGGCCGAAAUUCAAAAUUCUGGUGAACAGGCGACGGGCGAUUUCUAUUCGAACUAUAUGACGAUGAAAGGUCGAUCAAAGCGAUCGACGCGCGAUGAGAAUGGUCUCUACUCGGUGCGAACGUGCUCGUUGUACAUGCAAGCUGAUCAUAAGCUUUACGAGCAUAUUCGAAUGAAGGAGGGAAAUAAUGAUCCGAUUCGAACACGCGAGGAGAUUGUCAGCUUGUUUUAUAACCAUAUCAAAGCGGUGAACGAGAUUUACGAAGCGACGAAUUUCAAUGGAAUCAAAGGAUUGCAUUUUGUGAUUCAGCGCACUUCGAUUUACACACCGCAUACUUGUGAGCGAGGAAGAGCGAAACCCGACUCGGAUAACCCAUUUUGCGAAGAGAAUGUUGAUGUCUCAAACUUUUUAAAUCUAAACUCGCAAAGGAAUCAUUCGGCGUUCUGUCUCGCUUACGCACUAACUUUUCGAGAUUUUGUUGGAGGCACACUUGGUCUCGCCUGGGUUGCAAGUCCCCAAUUUAACACUGCUGGCGGCAUUUGUCAAGUUCAUCAGAGAUAUAACGAAGGCAGUCGCGGAUGGGUGCAUAGAUCGCUGAACACUGGAAUUGUGACAUUGGUCAAUUAUGGAAAUCGCGUUCCCGCGCGUGUCUCACAACUAACACUGGCUCACGAAAUUGGUCACAAUUUUGGGUCUCCUCACGAUUUUCCCGCCGAAUGCCAACCGGGUCUACCCGAUGGCAACUUCAUCAUGUUCGCCUCGGCGACAUCCGGCGACAAGCCGAACAAUGGAAAAUUCUCGCCGUGCUCGAUUCGCAACAUCUCCGCGGUGCUCAACGUCGUUCUUCAAGCGGUUCCGAUCGAUCCGACGAAGAACUCGAAUCCGGUUGGACUCGGCAAGAGGAAUUGCUUCCAGGAGAGGACGUCGGCGUUUUGCGGCAAUCAGAUAUUCGAACCGGGCGAGGAAUGCGAUUGUGGAUUCUCGCAGGCGGAUUGCGAUCAGAUGGGCGACAAGUGCUGUGUGCCGCAUGAGCGCACAUUGUUCAAUGGUCCCGGACCGUGUAAACGUGUUCCUGGUGCCCAGUGCUCACCAUCACAAGGAUAUUGCUGUAAUUCGGACAAGUGCUCGCUUCACACAAAGGAAGAGGAUAAGAUAUGCCGACAGGAAUCCGAAUGCUCUCAUCAUCAGACUUGCGAUGGACGAAGUGCCCAAUGCCCACCAUCGCCGCCCAAAUUUGACGGACUUCCAUGUCAGGACAGCACAAAGGUUUGCUCGAGUGGAAGCUGCAAUGGAUCAGUUUGUGAGAUGUUCGGUCUCAAGGAUUGCUUCUUAACCGAAGGAAAACCUGACGAACUGUGUUUCUUGGCGUGCAUUAAAGAUGGAAAAUGUACAUCGAGCGUCCAUCUGCCGGAAUUCGCAUCGAAUCGCACCACAUUCCUUCAAUCGGGUCGCAAAGGAAAGUCGGGCCUUAUUCUGCACCCGGGAAGCCCGUGCAAUAACUACAAAGGUUACUGUGACAUUUUCCGCAAGUGUCGCAGUGUCGACGCAAACGGGCCGCUUGCGCGUCUCAAAAAUUUGCUGUUUGAUAAGAAAACGAUAGAGACGGUCACGCAGUGGGUCCAAGAAAACUGGUGGGUUGUGCUCGCUGGUGGAUUGGUCUUCCUUUGCUUCAUGGCAUUGUUUGUCAAGUGUUGUGCUGUGCAUACGCCAAGCACCAAUCCGAACAAGGCGCCGGCGUUGAACAUCUACCAGACGUUGACGAGACCGGGAACAUUGAUUCGUCAACAUCGUCAGCGUCAUCGAGCCGCUGCUGGUAGCGCCGGUGUUGCAGUGCCGACCCAGGCGGCGGCUAAUGGGAAUGGGAGAUCUGGCCAGUCGCGUCAAGUGACUUCCAGACCGUCGGCUCCUCCGCUUGCCAUGUCGAUGCCCAACCAGCCGCCUGUUAUGGCUAUGGGUCCACCAGUUGCCACUGGUCCUCCAAUUCCAUUGAUUCCAGCAGUGAGUGCCACGAACAGUCCGGCGGUCAUUGUAAUGGAACCACCUCCGCCAUAUACGGCCGCUGAUCCUGGAUCAGCAAUGGGCGGUCCGAAGCGCGGACAUCGCAAGAACAAGCGACAGACGGCUGCGGACGCGAAGACGCCGCAAGGCCGCAAGAAGAAAUAG